AUGAAGUUCACUUCUCUCACUCUUUUGCCCCUCCUCGCCGGCGUUGGCAGUGCCUUGCCGGUGGGAAUGGCCAAGCGCCAGGAAAACCUGGACAUCGACAUUCUGCAGUUUGCGUUGACGCUGGAGCAUCUUGAGAAUGUCUUUUAUAAGGAGGCGCUGCAGAGGUUCUCGCAAGCCGACUUUGAGGCAGCUGGUUUUGAUAAGCACUUCUUCGACAACAUGUUAUUCAUUGUACAAGACGAAGAGAAGCAUGUGUCGCUACUAGAAGGCGCCAUCUCGGCAGCUGGGGUUGCACCUGUCGCAGCUUGCACGUACAACUUUGGCAUCACCGACAUUAACUCUUUUGUCACCCUCUCAACCGUGCUGGAAGGCGUCGGUACUUCAGCAUACCUGGGGGGAGCUCCUCUCCUCCAAGAUAAGGAUAUCUUGACCACCGCAGGCGCCAUCCUCGUGACAGAAGCUCUGCACACGUCGCAACAACGGAUCGCGGUGGGAGAGGUACCUGCUGCUCUGGACCUCGGAACGCCUCUUGAUGCCAACUCGGUCUUCACCCUUGCCUCGUCAUUCAUAGUCGAGUGCCCAGCUGAGAACGCCGCGCUACCCUUCACGGCCAACCCCGGCCUGACGGUCGACACUACCUCGUGCCCCGCUCCGGCGACUGAAGUGCUUUUCAAGCGCGAGCCCACUUCUCAUGAGGCUGGUCUGGUGGGACCCGAGGUUGUCCCUUCCGAGGUUCAUCCACCCAGCCCGGAAGAGCUGCAGGCUGCUCAGCAACAAGCUCACGAGAUGGCGGCAGCGGCGCAGGACUUGGAGGCCAAGAAGACAGCGAUGAUGAACGACCAUGAAGUGAUGCAAUUCCAGCACGAUGUCCAGAUGCUCAACGACAAGAAGAACAACUUUAUCGCCAAGUUCGGAGACGCGUUCAACGGUCUCCUAGGAAACCUCAAUUUGGGCAACCUCCUUGGUGGCAAUGGCAAGGUCGAGGCAGCCCAGCCUUGCCCCUUCCUGCAUGAAGGUGGUCACGUUGCCUUCAAUGCCGAGGCGGAAAUUCCUCAAGGUUCUUUCGUGUCUUUCGUUGCCGGUCUGUCCGUCGUCAGCGUGCAAGCGCAGGUGGCUGCCCAGCAAGCAUCGGUCGCUGUUCCUGCCGGCGUCAGCGGGCAAGUAUAUGCUUUCAUCACCAACCGGGCAAUCGAGGACAACAAGCUGGCUGCGGAUGCUAUUGCCUUUGGUCCAGCCAUCAUUGAAGUUGCACCUCCGGCGCCCGUCAUCGACUUUGGAGUGCUACGUAAGUAG